UUUAUGACCUAUACAAAAAUGGAGAAUCUACUGAAACCUGAUUUCUUCAACACAUCAGAUGACACGAUUAAAACCAUGAUGUCCACUGUGAUCUCAGCUACUCUUCCCAAAACCAUCAACACUAAACUCACCAAACCAGUCAACUUCACCCUCAAACACAUCAGAGAGUUCAACACCAGCAGUUCUCUAUCCUGUGUGUACUGGAAUAUCAGCGAGUGGAUUGUAGAUGGUUGUUCUGUUUUAGAGACCAACAGCAGCUACACUGUGUGUUCCUGUGUCCAUUUGUCAACAUUCGCUCUCAUCAUGCAAACCAGCAGACCACCAGAGAGCGACUCAGAGCUGGAUCUUUUGAAUUUGGUGUGUGUGAUCGUGGGGCUGGUGUUCUUCAGUUUGUCCCUGUUGACCUUUGCCCUUUGUCAGUGGAGUCCUGGAGUGAAUAAUGUGGCUCGAAUCAACAUCUGCAUCAGUCUUCUGCUGGCUCACCUUCUGUUCCUGCUCACACAACAGUUCCUGAGCCUCAUACGCCCUCUUCAGGUGUUGUGUGCCGUGAUAUCAGGUGUGCUGCACUUCCUCUUUCUCUCCGGCUUUGUGUGGAUGUUCAUUGAAGCUGUGCUGCUCUUCAUCUGUGUGAAGAACCUAUCACAGAUCAGCUCCAAAAAGAGGGAGGUGCUUAGCAGUGGAUUCCUGUGUGUGAUUGGAUAUACAGUUGCUCUGGUUGUGGUGGCCGUGUCUGUAGGGCUUGUUCCUGAAGGCUACGGCAACGAACACUGCUGGAUUAAAAGGGAUAAAGAUUUUAUCUGGAGUUUUCUGGGUCCUGUUUGUGUCAUACUAGCAUUGAACAUGAUUCUCUUUAUCAACAUCUUCAUCAAUCUGAACUCAACUCUCAAAAAACUGAACGCUGAAGUUUCACAGAUGAAACAAACCAAGACUAUGACAUUUAAAACACUGGCUCAGUUUGUGGUUCUUGGUUGCUCCUGGGUUCUGGGUUUCUUCACUAAUGGCAGUAAGGAGCUGGAGAUCCUCUUCCUGAUCUUGAACUCCCAGCAGGGAACCUUCAUCUUCCUGGUCUAUUGUGUCCUCAAUAAUGAGGUCAGACAGCAAUACCAGAAGUUCUUCAGAUGUCUUUGCUGUGGACUCAAACCCAACAACAUCAAAAGUGUCCAGAAAAAAUGUUGAGGACUACAGCAUCCAUAUUCAGGAAAUGAAUGAAGCACCAUUAUCAUACAGUGAAUUACCACUACAACAGAAUCAACGCUUUCAGAUAUUAACACCAGUCUCAGCUUCUGACUUUAAAUUAUCCUAAUGUACUGGUCUUAUUUUAUAGCUAUUUGAUGUAAAUAUUUUAUUCUUUUAACUUUCUUUACUAUUAGUUUCUUGGUGGAGGGUUUGUUGCCUCAUUCUUUUAGACCUGUGUGUGAUUUAUUUUACUCUAGACCCCUAAAGUGAUUUGUGUUUCUUUUAUUUCACUGUAGUAUGUUAGUUAAAGUCCCUGUAAAGUCAAUUCUGAGAAUUCUUUCUAAACACUUUAUAAAUGUUACAAAUGUAUUGCUGAA